CACUGGCCAAGGCCAUUGGGCUACUGUGCCACCCCAAAACGUUACUCUCGCAUUUCUGAGUUGACCUGCUCCGCCUUGCCAGCAGGUGGCGAAGCACACCAUAAGUCGAUGAGACAUCGAUGCAAACCACGGCAUCGAUCUGUUAGCCAGCUCACCCACAAGUCAAUAGAUCAAUCGAUACAUCUGCUCAUCAUUCCGUAACCCUUUUGGCUCAAGGCGAAACCUUCUCAGUGCCCCGCCCGCGCUCGCACGUCCCCCGCCGACCGCCGCUCCAGCGAUCCGUCGGGGCCAUGGGCAUCUCGCGCGACUCCCGCCACAAGCACCGCAAGACCGGCGGCCGCAGAAACAUCCACCAGAAGAAGCGCAAGUACGAGAUGGGCCGGCCGUGGGCCCACUGCAAGCUGGGCUCCAAGCGCGUGCGCCCGGUGCGCGGCCGCGGGGGCAACAUGAAGUACCGCGCCCUCCGCCUGGACAGCGGCAACUUCGCGUGGGGGACCGAGAACAGCACCAAGAAGGUGCGCGUCCUGGACGUCGUCUACAACGCCAGCAGCAACGAGCUCGUGCGCACGAAGACCCUCGUGAAGAACGCGAUCGUGCAGAUCGAUGCGCAGCCCUUCAAGCAGUAUUACCUCAAGAAGUACGGCGUAGACCUCGGCAAGAAGGUCAAGGGGGCCCCCGUCAAGAAGGAGGGCGAGGAGGAGGUCAAGAGGAGCCACCACGUCAUGGCGAAGCAGAAGUACCUGGCGUCGAAGCAGAAGCUGGACCCCGGCGUCGAGGACCAGUUCCAGAGCGGCCGGCUGCUCGCGUGCAUCGCCUCCCGCCCGGGGCAGAGCGGCCGUUGCGACGGCUACGUCCUCGAGGGUGACGAGCUGACGUUCUACAAGAGGAAGCUCGAGAAGAAGAAGAAGCAGUGAGAUGGCCCUGGCGCGUGGCGUUACACCGGUGUGGCUCGGAGAGAGCUCCAGAGAGGAGGGUCGAA